AUGUCUUCAAGUACGCUGCGCAUCAACGAUAGCGAACAAUACACUCUAGGCGAUUGCCUUGGCCGCGGCGCGUUUGGAAGCGUCUAUAGAGGUCUCAAUACAUUCUCUGGUGAGACUGUUGCAGUCAAGCAAAUCAAACUACGCAAUAUCCCACAAUCGGAAGUCGACAUGAUCAUGGGAGAGAUUGACUUGCUCAAGAACCUCAAUCAUGACAACAUUGUCAAGUACCAUUGCUUUUACAAGGGUGCCGAUAGUCUCUACAUCAUCCUCGAAUACUGCGAGAAUGGCUCCCUGCAAAGCAUCUGUCGAACUUUUGGCAACUUCCCGGAACACUUGUUGGCAGUCUAUACGGAUCAAGUCCUCAAUGGCCUCAUCUAUCUGCAUGACCAAGGUGUCAUACAUCGAGACAUCAAAGGCGCCAAUAUCCUAACCACCAAGGAUGGUACCGUCAAAUUGGCAGAUUUCGGUGUCGCUACAAAUGCAUUGAGCGACAUGACUGUUGUCGGCAGUCCUUACUGGAGUGAGUCGAUGCUAAAGAAAUCGAGAAUACUGACAGUAGUGGCGCCUGAGAUUAUCGAACUGGCAGGAGCAUCCUCAGCCUCUGAUAUAUGGAGUCUGGGGUGUACUGUGAUUGAGUUGCUGCAAGGCAAACCGCCCUUUCACGAAAUGGAUCAAAUGUCGGCUCUCUUCCACAUCGUUGAUGAUGAUCACCCACCCAUGCCAGAUGCAUGUUCGCCGGCUGCUCGCUCAUUCCUACUACAAUGCUUUCAAAAGGACCCACGUCUUCGCAUAUCUGCAAAAGUAUUACGUCGUCAUGCCUGGAUUCAAAACCACAAGCGUACAGAGUCUCAACAACUACGUCUUGCUCAAAAACGCAUACCAAUCGACUACGAAGAAGCCGUCAACAGCGUUCAAGAGUACAAUGAAAAGGUCAAUGGCCCGGAAAUCAAGCCUUCGGGAUCGCGACCAAGCGGCAAACCAAACAAGGCUAGCGCUGAACCAAGGUCAACAACGCCACGGCCAGUCAGAGUCCUGGCACAGCCAGAUGAUGAUGAUGGAGACAACUGGGAUAAUGACUUUGAUACACAGACAGUUGUCAAGUUACACCAUCCCAGGGCUACAGCGCGAUCAACAUCAGCAGAUCCGAAACGUCCAUCAUCCAGUAACGCAAAAUCCAAGCCGCUAGCAGUACGUCCCGAUAUGACACCGAGACCGCGACCGACUAAGCACACGUCAGACCGCGUUCCCUCCAGAGGACACGCAGAUGGCUUGGAUGACGCCACAGUCCGACCACGUAUGUCAAGCACGCCUGUCUCGCUUGCGCGGUUGAAAGAGCAGCCUAGCAGCAUGCAUCGACGACGCCAGGAACCAGUUUUACGUGAUUCAGUCAAUGCCCACGCAAAUACUAUGCCACCGCCUAUGCUGACGCCCACAUCGAAACGAACAGACAAGAGACAGGUCAGUCAGCGACCCCCGAGUAGACCAACCUCUCAAUCGACCUUGUCUAGCUUCUCAGAGGCCGGUGAGGAUUACAGUGACAUCAUUGUUGAUGACAAUACCUUCCCGACGGUAUUUGCAGCGACGGUUCGCUCGGAUGAGUCUUGGCUUGAUGACGACCAUUCUACAGAGAACGACCCUUUUGCCGGUAUCGACGAGUUUGACCAGGAGAAUCUGACGGCAAACAUUCAGCGCGAACAAAAGGCAAGGGCUAGCAAUCAGAUGGACGAUUGUCUCAAGCACUUUCAGGAAUCCGUCAGCAAAGAGACUGGGCUAGAGGAUACCUGCGCUGCAAUGCUUAACUUGCUCGAGUUGCAUCCGGAUCUCAAAGUCAAUGUCAUUUCGAAGCACGGCCUUUUGCCUCUGCUUGAAGUACUCGAAACCAUCACUGACGAGAAUGUGAUUGUCCCAGUCCUCAAAAUCUUGAAUUUGUUGACACGCGAGGACCCUGCCGUGCAAGAGAACAUCUGUUUUGUUGGUGGUAUCGCAGCAUUGACGCGGUUUGCCUCCAAGAACUUUAGUCAAGCCAUUCGCGAUGAAGCGGCUGUUUUUGUGAGGCAAAUCAUGGCUUCAUCACCACUCAAUGCACAGAUCUUUGUCAGUUGUCGCGGCCUCAAUAUUCUUAUGGAGUUCCUCGAGGAAGACUACAGUAGUGCACGAGAGCUUGUACGCACUGGCAUUGAAGGCAUCCUCGGUGUAUUUGGCUUGCAAGGCUUUACGCCCAAAAACGAUUUGUGCCGUAUCAUGGCUCGCACAGGAAUCAUGGAGCCUUUAUCGCACAUCCUGCACUAUCUCUUGUCGCAGCGGCGCAUCAGCGUUGAAGAUGAUGGCCACAUUGACGACAUUUUGCAGAUCAUGAAUCUCUUUUCUCAGGCUGACAGCUAUGUCAUACAACUCAUCGCAUCCCGUCAUGUCUUACGACAAACGCGAAAACUAGAAAGCGCUCGGCUCGUCAAGGUGCUGAAAUUCGUUCGCACUCUUUCCAGCGUCACCUCGACCCUUGACAACCUUCAGCAAGCAAAUGCAAUCGAACGUCUUGUGGAUUUGCUUGAAGAUGAAACAGUGCCUUGGUAUCGCGAUGCUGCGAUGCAUAUUGUGCCAACGCUCAUGAAUCUCUGUUUGCACGAUCAAAGUCGUCGGACUGAGGCUGCACUUGUUGGUGCUGUACCGGUCCUACAGCGUAUAGCUCGAUGCGAAUCUCAACUAAAGCAAUUCGCAUUGCCAGUCUUGUGCUUCUUUGCGCACAACAAGGAGUGUCGCAAAAUUUUGUGGCAAAACAAGGGUCUCGACUUUUACAUCGAAGUGCUAGCGGAUCCUUACUGGCAAGUCAAUGCAUUCGAAGCAAUUGUCGUCUGGUUCCAGGAGGAAGCGUCACGCGUGCAAGAACGACUGGCCAAACCCGAUGCCGUGGAACUCAUUGCCAGUGCGUUUGAAUCUGCAACCACGACUUCAACAUUUGAGAACUUUCUCGCUCAGCUACAAAAGCUUGUCCAUCUAAGUCAGAAGGUUGCUCUGCAUCUAAGUGCGCACCCGACGCUGCUGCGCAGCAUCACAACCAAAUUGCGAGAUCGACACGUCAACAAAGCUACUGUGCGACUGAAUCUUUUGCGAAUCAUGCAGAGUCUACUGGCUGUCCAUGUCCGACCUCAGUAUGUUGUCGCUGAACUCAAUCUCGUCGAGGUGCUGCAUGAAAUUGUCAACAAGGAUGGCGCAGUGAUAGUGCAGGAAAUUGCGAGGAGCGCCUUGAAGGAGCCUUAUAUGACCGCAUUGCGAAGCACAGAUGCGCCGGUAGUACGAUAG